UUCGUGAAAAGUGUUUUAUAUCGUGUUCACGUCAUUAGAUUUUUGUGUCCUUUUAGAAGAGGAUAAAAGUUUUUUGGUAAACAAAAGUGUAAAAAAAAAAAACUCACCACAAAAAUGGAUUAGCUAUGAAAAUGGAUAACUCCACUAACUAAGGUGGUAGUGGUCGUGUGUGGUGGUGUGUGGUCGUGGAGGUGAUGUGACUUCUGGCAGAUCUUUGUGAAGAUCACACGCUGCUUCUGGGUUGUUGGUACGGGAGAGCCGUCCAGAUGGCGGUGUGGGAGUGAGGGUGUGUGCCCGGGGCAUGUGUUGGCGUUGAGGUGGCAGGCGGGCAAUGCUGAGGGUACCAGCAGCACCAGGGUUCUCAUGCAACAUGCAACGUUUGGCGGCACGAGCGGCAGUAGGCGACGACUCAGCGAGGCGAGCGGCGUGACGACCUGUGAACUGGAUGGUGGGGGUUCUCAUCCCCCCGCCAUGAGCUUCUCGCUGGUGGGCGUGAUGCUACUACUGCUGCUGAGUAUGGUAGGGGCGGUGGGCGGGGAGAAGCGCAGUCCCAGAGUAGUCACUACCAAGUACGGGAAGUUAAGGGGAUCUAUCCGCCCGCUCCCCAACAAGCACCUUCGGCCAGUCGAAGUCUUCUUGGGAGUCCCAUACGCUACACCUCCCAUUGGCUCCAACCGGUUCAGCCCGACGAGAACGCCUAGUCCUUGGGCUGGGGAACGUAUGGCAGACCAGUACGGUCCUGUCUGCCCCCAGCACCUGCCGGAGCUGUGGGAGGAGGAAUCAGAAUCGAUGGUUCCUCGGCAGCGACUAGCACACAUUCGCCGGCUGGCCAACUACUUGACUCACCAAGCAGAGGAUUGUCUGUACCUCAACGUGUAUGUUCCCUCUCUAGUGGCUGAUACGACUGGACACAGAGCGCUGCCUGUCAUUGUUUACAUCCACGGUGAGAGUUACGAGUGGGGCGCCGCUAACCCUUAUGACGGCUCUGUGCUGGCUGCCUACGGUGAAGUCAUCGUGAUUACUCUCAACUACCGCCUUGGUCCUCUAGUGUAUGGUGGUGUUACAGGUCCUCGACCGAGGUUAAGGGACCACUAUCGUGCCCACCAGCUGGCGCUGUGGACCUGGCUGGUCCCACAACUCCAGCGGGUCGGUCAUUUGGAGUUCCUGACCUUACGCGACCCGGAGUCGGAAGACGUAAACCCAGAGGACCAACUUCAAGAACUGUCCGUGUUGCACCACUUGUUCUCCAAACACGACGACCACGACCUCUACUCUGGGGUGGUGCGUCCUCUACAACACAUGGCUGGACACUACAUCCUUCCCUCUACCACUACUACAUCAGAACUCCUCGUUACCACACCUUCCUCUCUUUCUAACUUCUUCAGCACGCCGAGAACCACACUAAACAUUUCAGACCCGCGACCGUUUCCGGACGUGACGCCGAACGAUAAAAUCCACGCUGAAGCGACAAUGCCCGAGGCGGUAGACUACAUCGCUUAUUCUACCGCCCUCUCGGUUACAAUAGCCAUCGGAGUAUCGCUACUAAUCCUAAACAUUUUGAUUUUCGCUGGUGUGUAUUAUCAACGCGAUCGAUCGCGUCUCGGGGAUAAAACUGAGCAGCAAAGUCAGCAGAACAGCCAAAGCAGCAGCGAACAGCAGAUGGCAGCCAUUAGUUCAGCUUCGGGUCCUAUAUUAGGGUCAACUAUAAACUUGGAGGUGACGAAGUCGCCUUUAACAGCGACAUCCUCGCUCAAAGCUCCUCUCUCACCCUUGACACACACUCAGCCCUUUACGCAUAUAUCUGAGUGUCCGCCCGCCUUCGCUGACACACCCGUCAGUCGCGAGGCGGGUGGGCACUGUAUCGCUGUAGCUCCACCUACUAUACCAAACGGCAGCGCUACUCUUGUAGGUGGCCAGCCGCAACAGCAGCAGCAACAACAGCAACAACAGCAGCAACAGCAACAACAUCAACAGCAGCAGCAUCAACAGCAUUUACAACACCAACAGCAACUGCAGCAGCAGCUACAUCAACAGCAGAUACAGCAUCAACAGCAACUGCAGCACCAGCAUCAAUUACAGCAGCAACAGUAUCAGUUGCAACAUAAACAAGUGACGAUGCCUCGGCCACCGCCACCGCCUCGGCUGAUGCCUGCAGAAUCGCAGCCGCUACUUCCUGCGCACGUGCCGGCUCCACCCAGAGGCAAGAUACCACCGUACGAGGAACUCCGAGUAUGAUGGCGGCGCCCUCUGGUGACGGUGUUAUCUGCUGCCGAGCACCUCCAGGGAGGCACCCUGCCUCCCUGCACGCCCCUACAGCACCACCCUCAUGCUCAGGUCGUUGACUACUAUGGCGGAACGUUCUAUGAUGGACAGGACAUGACCACCUCUUUCCGUAGUGACGAACCAAUGGUGGAGAUGCGGGGUUUGGAUUGUGUCGGCAGCUCGUUAACGUGGCCUCGCAAGGCCCGUGGACCUCGCACCUGGCCAGAGGGCGAUCCAACUUGCCUGCAGAUGCAGCACGAGCACCAAGGAGCUCCGCGCUCCUAGCAAUAAGAGGCCGAGUUUGGUUUCGGACAGUAGUGAGGUGAUUCCGGACAGUUCUGAACAUCUUCCCAGUACUGCUGCUGCGCUCACCUGCAUAUUUAUACGUUUAAUAAGUUUUUAAAACUUAUCUAUGUGGAAGUGUGCACUUUUUAUAUGUAUGUGACUUAUAAUUGUGUAAAAAUUGUGUAAAUACUACACAGAUAAUUUAUUGACAUGUUGCAAAUUACAAUGUUUUCAAUAAAACUUGCUAGUACA